GGUGCCGUCGGAGGGAGAGUAGACGUCAGGCGGAGGGAGGGAGGGAGGCAGGGAGGCAGGGAGGGAGAGAGGGAAGGAAGAGAAGGGGAGAGAAUGGGGGAGCAAAGACCGAAAGAGACCCAGAGAGAUAAAGCUUGAGAGGAGAAAUAAUUAAAGGGGGAGGGCGACCAGGACGAGAAAAAGGACGGGGAGGAAAGAGAGAUAAAGAGAAUCGGAGGGCAGGGAAGUGAGUUUGUGCGCGUGAGUGUGCGCGCGCGCGUGUGUGUGCAGGGGCGGGCGCGGGCGGGCGCGGGCGGGCGGGGGGCGGGCUCCAGGGCUCCCCUCCUCCCCAGCCCGCUCCUCUGGCUCGCUCGCCAACUCCGGGCCCCAGCCGCGGGCGGGCGCACGGCGGGCGGACAGCAUGCUGAGCCUCCUCGUCUGGAUCCUCACUCUCUCCGAUACUUUCUCCCAAGUCCCCCCAGAGGACACCAGGAUUGACGGAGGCCCCGUGAUUCUACUGCAGGCAGGCACCCCCCACAACCUCACAUGCCGGGCCUUCAAUGCGAAGCCUGCUGCCACCAUCAUCUGGUUCCGGGACGGGACGCAGCAGGAGGGCGCUGUGGCCAGCACGGAAUUGCUGAAGGAUGGGAAGAGGGAGACCACUGUGAGCCAACUGCUCAUUAAUCCCACAGACCUGGACAUUGGGCGUGUCUUCACCUGCCGAAGCAUGAACGAGGCUAUCCCUAGUGGCAAGGAGACUUCCAUUGAGCUGGACGUGCACCACCCUCCUACAGUGACCCUGUCCGUUGAGCCACAGACGGUGCAGGAGGGUGAGCGUGUUGUCUUUACCUGCCAGGCCACAGCCAACCCCGAGAUCUUGGGCUACAGGUGGGCCAAAGGGGGUUUCUUGAUUGAAGACGCCCACGAGAGUCGCUAUGAGACAAAUGUGGAUUAUUCCUUUUUCACGGAGCCAGUGUCUUGUGAGGUUCACAACAAAGUGGGGAGCACCAAUGUCAGCACUUUAGUAAAUGUCCACUUCGCGCCCCGUAUUGUAGUCGACCCCAAACCCACAACUACAGACAUUGGCUCUGAUGUGACCCUCACCUGUGUCUGGGUUGGAAAUCCCCCUCUCACUCUCACCUGGACCAAAAAGGACUCAAACAUGGUCCUGAGUAACAGCAAUCAGCUGCUGCUGAAGUCGGUGACUCAGGCAGACGCUGGCACCUACACCUGCCGGGCCAUUGUGCCUCGAAUCGGAGUGGCUGAGCGGGAGGUGCCGCUCUAUGUGAACGGGCCCCCCAUCAUCUCCAGUGAGGCGGUGCAGUACGCUGUGAGGGGUGACGGUGGCAAGGUGGAGUGUUUCAUUGGGAGCACACCACCCCCAGACCGCAUAGCAUGGGCAUGGAAGGAGAACUUCUUGGAGGUGGGGACCCUGGAACGCUAUACAGUGGAGAGGACCAACUCAGGCAGUGGGGUGCUAUCCACGCUCACCAUCAACAAUGUCAUGGAGGCCGACUUUCAAACUCACUACAACUGCACCGCCUGGAACAGCUUCGGGCCAGGCACAGCCAUCAUCCAGCUGGAAGAGCGAGAGGUGUUACCUGUGGGCAUCAUAGCUGGGGCCACCAUCGGCGCGAGCAUCCUGCUCAUCUUCUUCUUCAUCGCCUUGGUAUUCUUCCUCUACCGGCGCCGCAAAGGCAGUCGCAAGGACGUUACCCUGAGGAAGCUGGAUAUCAAGGUGGAGACAGUGAACCGAGAGCCACUUACAAUGCAUUCUGACCGGGAGGAUGACACUGCCAGCGUCUCCACAGCGACCCGGGUCAUGAAGGCCAUCUACUCGUCGUUUAAGGAUGAUGUGGAUCUGAAGCAGGACCUGCGCUGCGACACUAUUGACACCCGGGAGGAGUAUGAGAUGAAGGACCCCACCAAUGGCUACUACAACGUGCGUGCCCAUGAAGACCGCCCGUCUUCCAGGGCAGUGCUCUAUGCUGACUACCGUGCCCCUGGCCCUGCCCGCUUCGACGGCCGCCCCUCAUCCCGUCUCUCCCACUCCAGCGGCUAUGCCCAGCUCAACACCUAUAGCCGGGCCCCUGCCUCUGACUAUGGCCCUGAGCCCACACCCCCUGGCCCUGCUGCCCCAGCUGGCACCGACACAACCAGUCAGCUGUCCUACGAGAACUAUGAGAAGUUCAACUCCCAUCCCUUCCCUGGGGCAGCUGGGUACCCCACCUACCGACUGGGCUACCCCCAGGCCCCACCCUCUGGCCUGGAGCGGACCCCGUAUGAGGCGUAUGACCCCAUUGGCAAGUACGCUACAGCCACUCGAUUCUCCUACACCUCCCAGCACUCGGACUACGGCCAGCGAUUCCAGCAGCGCAUGCAGACUCACGUGUAGGGGCCAGAGCCUGGCUGGGGCAUCUCUGCGGGGCAGAGGAGAAGGCUUUCACAGCUGUUCCCUGAUAUUCAGGGGCAUUGCUCAUUGCUCCCUUCUCGGACCAGCCUUCUUCCUCCCACCGUGGCAGGUGGGGAGCAGGUCUCCCAGAAACACCCCGUCCCGAGGAUGGUGCUCUUUGCAUGCCCCAGCCUCCUGGGCCUGCCCUUCCCUCUUCUUCGGGAGGAUGUGUCUCUUCUGACCUGCACUCUUGCCUGACCCUAGAAUGGGGACAGGGAAAGUGAAGGUUGGGGAGAGCAGAGGGGGCACUUUUUAGCAUUCCCUUUCUGUCCCACCCCUCUGAUCUCCCAUAAGUGGAAAUGGGGGUACCCAGGGGUGGGCAGGCUUUGGCCUAGGGACAUGAAGUAUGGGAGUGGGUGGCUGCGGCACAGACAGGUGGAAAACAGGAUAGCCUGGCCAGUCCCUGUGUUGUUUGCAUUCGUGCCCUGGGUGCAUCUCUCCUUCCUCAGGGUACUGCAGAAGGGAGCUUGGAUUUAUGUUUGCUCUUGUCUACAGAACAGCCCUGGCACUGCAUUCACAUCCAGCCUUCAUUCAGCUGGGAGCAAAAUACCAGUCACCUUGGCCCACUGUGGACAGCUGUCUGUCAGCAUGCAGAGGGAUCCAGGAAUCCCCGGCAGCACUGCCCGCUUUCCUUCUCGUCUGUGCUGGGCCAGCCAGAUAAGUCAGGGUCCUGGUGGAGAAAGAAAGGCCAGGACCAUGUCCUGAUUGACCCAGAGACCGCUGUGUGCUGCGCAGCAGUUUCCAGAACCAACACUAGAGGGAGCCACACAGGCCUCCUCUCCUCAGUCUGCCCCACUUCCUGGUUUUAACCCUUGAGCUGGUUUGGGGAGUGGUGAGGUGGGUGUGGGGGUGCUGUACAAUUUUUCAAAGAAAA